GGACCUCGGACUGCAGCUCUUGCAGAGAGAAACAUUCACUGCCAGCAGAGCGCCUCCUAGAUUGCUCCCGGUGGGAGGAGACAAAAGUCUCUGCUGUCCAUAUUACAGAAACCAGAAAAAAAGACAACAUGAUUUUAUGAACAUGGGAAAAGAAGUACAGCCAAGGCCCAAGGUGAACGUCUCUUCUUAUAUCCACUUUUUACUGAAUUACCGAAACAAGUGUAAGGAGCAGCAGCCAAAUACCUACCUUGGCUUUAAAGAGUUCUCUAGAAAGUGUUCGGAAAAAUGGAGGGCCAUCUCAAAGCAUGAAAAGGCCAAGUACGAAGCCCUGGCGAAGCUCGACAAAGCCCGGUAUAAGGAAGAAAUGAUGAAUUAUGUGGGCAGGAGGAGGAAAAGAAGAAAGCGGGACCCCCAGGCACCCAGACGGCCUCCAUCAUCCUUUUUGCUGUUCUGCCAAGACCACUACACCCAGCUGAAGAAGGAGAACCCCAACUGGUCUGUGGUACAGGUGGCAAAGGCCACAGGGAAGAUGUGGUCUGCAACCACAGAGGCGGAAAAGCAGCCAUACGAGCAGAGAGCAGCUAUUCUGAGAGCUGAGUACUUUGAGGAUCUUGAAACCUACCAUAAACAAUGCCAGGCCAGGAAGAACCUCCAGAGGUUGGCUAGAGGCCAGCGCAGAGGGAAAACCCGAGGCAGACAAAACUGAUGGAUCCGCUUUAAAAAAAAUAAAAUGCUGCUGAA